AUGUUUAGUCUACUAUCAAUCCACCUCCCCAUCCAGGCGUUUUAUUUAUUUAUCUUCGCUGGCCUUAUACGUUUGUUAAAGCUACUCUGGAAGACCCCCUUUCCCACCAACGCCCCUAGGCUUGUCCCGGGAUACCCGGUAGUGGGUGCCUUUCAAUUCUUCUUCAAUCGGGCAGGAUUUUGUCAUGAUAAUAAGGCAGCUUCCGCCAGGGGAAACUAUAGCUAUUAUCUGGGCCAACACCGCAUCGUGGGCCUGUCGGGCCCUCAGGGUCGCAAGACCUUUUUCGAGAGCCGGGAUCUUGAUAUGGACGAAGGCAUUCUCCUGCUUUUGCCUUUUGCCGGAAUCGUUAGGCAGAUUGACAAUCCAUCCAGUGAUACCCAUACAUCAUGUCUCAGAUCCACAUUGCGUAGGGCCCUGAUGCGCAGUCAGGCCUUGAACUCCACGCCCCAAGUCAUAGGAGCGUGCACUACCGCGGCCUUAGACCGCAUUGCGGCAAGAGGUCUGAUUAAUCCUUUUCAGGAACUUAAGUGGUUGUUCGCGCAGACCACCAUGGCCGCACUGGGACUUGAUGAAGUGGUGCACUUCCCGGAGCUGUCAAGGAAGGUGAGUGACCUCAUUAGUAUAACAGCGCAAACCUUUCCGGCCAUCGACCUUCUGGUUCCGCCGCUGCUUAACCCAUUACACAUUCCCGCGAUGAUCGCCGCCGGGCGGCUGUAUGUCAUUACAUGGCGCAUCAUCCAUAAACAGAAGCAGCAACAACACAACAAGCUACAUCCUGGAGGGGAAGACAUGCUUCAUGAUAUGUUCGAGAGAGGUCGGAGGACGAUAGCAAUAGUACAAGGGAAUUCUCCCACGGUAGUUUCAUGGAUACUGACAGGGCUUGCUACCAAUGCAUAUUGGAUGGCUCGAGCCCGUGGGGAAGUGGACCAGGUAAUCCUCAGACACCGCAAAGAUGGUGAGGGCGUGGAGCAAGUCCUCCGAUCCCUGGAUCUGCAAACCUGGGAACACGAGUUUCCCGUUCUCCACGCCUGUCUCCUAGAGAGCGUUCGACUAUCGCUUCUAUUGGUGGAGUUCCGUAAGAACAUCAGCACAACUGAUGUCCAGAUCGGAGACACAGGCGAGAUAAUACCACCAGGGGCAUAUGUGACAUACGAGUUACAAGAAACGAGCCGUGACCCAGACGUCUACCCCAAUCCGGAUCGGUGGGAUCCUGGACGCUUUCUGUCGGAUCGUGCAGAGUACGCGAAAGAAGCCCAUGCCUUUGCUGGUUUUGGCGCAGGGCGUCGGAAAUGCCGUGAGUGA